ACUGGGACAAAUGUUUGCACGGUAUCUUAUUUGCACUGAGGUAAGUAGGCCUAAUAUCCGGUUAAAUGUUAGUACUUAAGGAAAAUUCUAUAUGGUUAUUUGGUGUUUCAAUUCCAUUGUUUCUGUUUUAGAUCUACAGUCCAGGCCUCCACGAAGUUUUCACCCUUCAAGAUGCUGUACGGUCGUGAACCUGUCCUUCCUAUUGAUGUGGACCAUGAGCUAGCUGAUUGUACUUUGAAUCUAGACGAUCCUGAAUUUGAGGAGUCGGACUUCCAUGCAACACUCUCAAAGCUCGAAAUAUUACAGGAUGUUGUCUUCAAGAAAGCAGAGGCUAACAUUGAGCAAGCGCAGGCAAAACAGCAAGCUGAUUUUGCAAAGAGGCGAUAUAAACAAAAGAAUUUUAUUGUGGGCAACAAGGUGUUGCGUUACAAUCUUCGCAGGGCUGACAGGAAAGGAGGUAAACAAACCGAUCCGUGGGAUGGUGGUCCCUACGAAGUGGCUCAAGUUUGCGAGAAGGGCCUAUAUUCCCUCAUUCAUCCAUCAACAAAAGUCCCCCUCAAGACUAAAGUAAAUGGAUGCAACCUAAAGCCUUUAUUCGAAAGACAAACAGAAACUUCAGCACUUGCAUCUCCGUCAUCAAGUGUUCAGAUUGUAGAUGUUCAGAAAGAGGAGAUAACCUACAAGUUCUCGCCAUUGACAGUUGCAACACAACGAACUAUCUACUCUCACUCUGGUGGACGUCUAAUAUUCAAGAAGUCGGGGCUAUGCAGGAAAAUAAACAAGACCUUAAAAAACAAUAGCGAACCUCUUAGUGUAAAAAUAAUUAAAGGUGACGGAAAUUGUCUCUUCCAUGCAUUAUUGUUUGCCAUAACAGGAGAUGAGGAUCAACAUACCGUUGUCAGGAGCAUGGUUUGUGAUUUCAUGGCCUGCAAUGAAGGGAUCAGAGUGGAAUCUAUGCGUAAUGAUAAGGUGUGGGGAACAACAACGGAGAUAUUAGCAGCUGCCAACAUGUUUAAUGUUAAUAUCUGUGUGUGGGCAAAGUUUGGGCCAGAACUAACUUGGCAUAUACACAGGCCAAAUGGUAAAGUGGUAAAGGAGUCAAUGUAUUUAGAAAAUGAGUCUGGCGUCCAUUAUAAUGUAGUUAUGGGUGUGUAGGGCUAGUCUUGUAACAAGUUAUACAUUGUAUGGUAAUAAGUUAUUGUUUGUAUGGUAAUUAAUGUUAAUAAAAUGUUUUCUCAAUUAGCAAAUUAUGGGAGUCAUUUCAACCUGAUGGGGAGUCAUAUGAAACGCAGUUUCAGUUGACUAGGGAGUGCUGUCAAACUAGAUUCAAUUGAUUGGGGAGUGCUUUCAAACUAGUUUCAAGUGACUCCGGGAGUCACGUUUAAAGGUAGGCGCACACUUGUUCGCAUCGUACGGACGGCACGCAUCGUACGCAUCGGAUUUUAGUAUUCUUUACAUUAUUUCAAAUGGGUCUGCGCGCAUUUGACCGCGUCGUACGCAUCGGACAUCGGCAAUGCCGACGAGGAUCCCCGAAAGAGCAUUCAAUCCGAUGCGUACGAACGAUGCGGAUGGCCUCUACGGCAUUUGCCGGCAAAUGUGCGACCCCAUCGUCUGUUGCAGCCAGAGCGCCGUCGCGGUCGGAUGAAAACCUUCUUCGGUAUUUAUUUUAUUUUUUUCUGUUUGCAUAGCUAUGCUUUGCUUAUACAUAAUAUAUAAUGUUAU